AUGCCAGUUUCUUGCAGGAGUAAACGGAAGUUGAGGGAAGAAGGACAUUUAAACGAUGCACUGCAUGGUCGGGGAGACGUCGCCUCGCUGGUCCGGAGCUUGCUCGGGCCGAUUUACGGCGACGGCGUUAUCAAUCUGCUGAUAAGGCAGGCCCGGGACAUCCUGGUCUGCGCUUAUCACGGCAACUUGGAGAACUUCCUCAAGACUUAUCUCUCACCGGCCGCGUCCCUGCUCGCGGAAGUGAAGUCCGUCGCCUCCGAAACGGGAAACGAGUCUGUGGUGCCGGAAGGCUGGCCUCUCACGUUGGGCAGACGUGGCCUCAUCCUGCAGCUAGGAGAGCUCGAAGCCUCCGCACUGCGUCUCGGGGAAUGUUACCUCUGCAUACGCAGUGCAGCUGCAGUUGCAACCACCUCGGGGAGCGGCGAAGCGGCCGCCGGUGAAACCGUCGAGCGGAAUACCGUCGAGAUCGCAGUAGUUUGGCGAACGACGUCGAUGAGGGCCCCAGGGUUCCUCGGUUGGGACCGCGAGGAGGAGUUUAUGGACUGGCGGGAGGUGUCCCGAAAGGGUCAGGGGAGCACGAGCGCCGCGAGCAACAGCCUGGUCGGGGCUCAAACGGGGAAGAGCACGCGGCUCCGUCGAAGAUCGCGCGAGGAGACCCGCUCGAGGACGCGCGAGCCGGGCAGCGCGUUCGAGCACCGACGGGACGAGACCCGGUCGAUCGACAGGCUGGAAUUCAAGCACUCGAAUGAGAUCCGCGACGCCGUCGAGGACGUCGAAACCGGGCACGCGGUGAUGAAGUCCAGGUCGACGUCGAGCGUGGACACGUGGAAGGCGGAGCUCGACGGGGAGCUGAAAGCCAUGCACGCAUCGAACAACCCUUCUAGUCUUCCCGACAAAGCGAAGAGCUGCGCCAAGGUCGUCUCGUCGUCGACGAUGGAGAAGUGGAAGGAGACGACCAGAUGCGAGACCAGGAGCAGAGCACUGGCGCCCGAGGACCUGAAGACGCCGCUUCGACUGGACGAGAUCGUUCUCGAGCAGAAGAUGGACGGGAACGUCGUGGACGCCGAUGACAGGCUGCAGAACGUCCGCAGCGUCGACGAUGUCAGCGACGACGACCUACCCGCGUUUAUCGGGAACCUUCUGGUCACUGUGGAGAGGAAAAUCGAGAGGGUCUCGCUGGACGACCUCACGUUUCCGUGUCCAGCGUGCAGGAACAUUGACACCGACGACCCUUUGCUCGGCUGCAGGUGCGCGGGCGACGACUGCAGCUGCGGGGGCGGCGAAGACACUUGCGACUGUCCACCCUCGUCGAAGACGAGGCAGGAACAGUCCAGGAGCUUCGAGGUGGCGGGGAUCAAGCACAUCGACAGCGACGACGAGGAAGAGGUGCGGAUGGGGUUCGGAACGAAAAAGAGAGUCGACGACGUGGUAGCGCCCAGGACCAUUCACGACGUACCGGAACACGUUCUCACGUGCGGCCUCACGCUUCCUGGGUGCACGGACGCGUACGGCAGACCUGUUCUCGAGUUCGAGGAUCACCCGUCCAGAGGGGACGCCCUCUGCGUCAAGGAGGUGUCAUCGUUUCUUCUCUACCUCGCCCGUUUACCCAGCCCCGACAGCGCAAAGAACGGAUUCACCCUUCUGGUUCGAGGGGACUCCCCUGAGCGUUUGGAGUUCCUGGACAAGGUCCUGGCCCUUCUGCAGGACCGAAUCAACGUUACACGAGCGCUGCUCCUGCAAACCUCGGUCGUCGAUGGCCCCACCGACUCCCAGUUACCUUUGAGCUGCGUCAAGACGAUGGUCGUCGACGAAGACGCUUUGAGCAAACACAUUCCCAGGCGGGAAGAAAGCCACGAGCUGGCGCACUGGAUCGCGUUCUAUAAGGAGUACGACGGUCUCAUGACGGAAUGGCAGGCAGCCGGACGCAGACUGGCUUUGGAGAUGUCGGAGUUGAAGGAAUGCAGCAGCCUGUCCAGCACAUUGACGCCUCUCGGUCGGCUCCUCACGGACCCCACAUUGAGACGGACGUCCAGAGACGCCGAGGAAGCGGUCGCCAUUUUGGAGGAACGAGCCUCCUCGCUCUUACACCUCGAGCACGUUAGAUUGUCGGUGAAACGGGCACGGAGAUUGGUGGAGGAGGUCGGGAACGCCGCCACCAGGCUGGAAUCGUCGUUCGAGUCCCGACGGGCGACCAUUCGCAAUCUCGCGGUUCUAAGGAGUAUCGAGGACCAGGCGCACGAGGUGCUGUCUUGGUUGUGCAAAAAGGGCGAGGACAUCCUGUCGAAACACGCGCAGCACUCUGCGACAAACUUGACGUCGGCGCGACUCCACGAGAGGGAAUUCGAGAAGUUCUAUUUCACGUCGAUGAGACAUCUUGACAAAGGAAGCGACCUUGCCGAGGCGGCGAGCGCCAGUGGACUUCGGGAAUUAGCGAGAUCCUUGAAACAGCACCUCCGAGGAUUCGGUUCCCGCCUGGAGGACAGGCGCGAGUACCUCGAGGACACGUCGAGAUGUUGUCUGCUUCAGGACCGUGCGUACGAGUGGGCCCAGGAGGCUCGUCUCGCGGGCGAAAGGAGGGCCCAGCAGUUCCUGAUGGCCAGACCACCCCUACCGGCCGAGCAUUUCACGGAAAUGAUGGCGCUCGCCGAGAAGCUCGGUAACGAGAUCCUCCUGGAACAAUGCCGCAUCGCCAGGAACAAGUGCGCGGAAGCCCUCGAGAUGGCGAGGACGACUUCCGCACCCGGCAGUCCGGCCAGGAGGAGAUCCUUCGCCGCCUCGGAGUCUACCACAUCCUGGGAGGACACUCUGGCCAAGAGAACUUCGUGGGACGAUAGCGAUAGUAGCGCGUCUUACGCCUGCCCCAUGGAGAGCAUAGGAUCCGCCGGAAGCGGCGGACGACCGGUGCUGGACAACAUCGCGGAGCUCCGGGAGAGCGCCGAGCAGCUCCUGGAUUGUUCUCCUCCGCGGACGCCGCCCCGAAGCCCGGCGCCGCGACGGCUGGUGAAACCGCCGGUGAAUUCGCAUCUGCACAGAGCGGCGAGCAUAGCGCCCGGCAUGAAGGCGAAAAAAACAAUACUGCUCAUAAUGAGGGAAAUGAUACAGACUGAACGAGACUACGUGAAGUCCCUCGAGUACAUAAUAGAGAACUACAUCCCGGAGCUGGUGCGGGAGGACAUUCCUCAGGCCCUCAGAGGACAGCGCAACGUGAUCUUCGGCAACGUCGAGAAGAUUUACGAGUUUCAUAGUCAACACUUCCUGCGGGAACUGGAACAGUGCGAGCAGUCGCCGAUGAACGUGGGACAAUGCUUCCUCAGACACGAGAAAAAAUUUUAUCUGUACGCGUUGUACAACAAGAAUAAGCCAAACUCGGACUCCCUGAUGGCCGAAUACGGUACCGUCUUCUUCAAGCAGAAGCAGCUGGAGCUUGGCGACAAAAUGGACCUCGCCAGCUACCUGCUGAAGCCGGUUCAACGGAUGGGGAAAUACGCGUUGCUCCUGCAGCAGCUGGUCAAAGCUGGCACCGAUCUGUCGGACCAAAUGACCGGCAAAGAGGAGAAGGACGAGAAGGAGGACGGUAUGAAACCGAUGGUCGAAGGGGAGGCGGAUUUGAGGGCGGCCGAGCAGAUGGUGAGGUUCCAACUGCGCCACGGAAACGACCUGCUGGCGAUGGAUUCACUUCGUGAUUGCGACGUGAACGUGAAGGAACAGGGCAGACUGCUCCGUCAGAACGAGUUCUUGGUCUGGCAGGGCAAGGGCAAGAAGUGCCUGCGACAGGUCUUCCUGUUCGAGGACCUUAUCCUCUUCAGCAAGGCGAGAAGAUUCCCCGAUAGAAAGAACCUCGACAUCUACAUCUACAAGCACAGCAUCAAAACGACGGACAUCGGGUUGACUGCCGUGAUCGCGGACUCGCCCACGAAGUUCGAGAUUUGGUUCCGCAAGAGGAAACCGGGGGACACGUACACGUUGCAGUGCGCCAGCGAGGACAUCAAGAAAGCAUGGACGGAGGAACUGAGCAACCUUUUAUGGAAGCAGGCGCUGCGAAACAGAGAAGUGCGCCUGGCAGAGAUGUCGAGCAUGGGCAUCGGAAACAAACCUUGUUUGGACAUUAGGCCUAGCGCGGAUCAGAUCAAUGACCGUUCUAUCAGCGUAGCUCAACUAUCGAAGACGCCUAGAUUUAGGAAUUCGAUAGCGGUGUCGAUGUCGGAGGACUCGGGACGUUGCAGCCGGAGGCCGCACAGCGUAAUAUCCGUGAGCUCGUCGUCGAGCAGCGGCGGCAGUAGCGGCCCUCCCACGACUCUGAACCUCGGUUUGGACAUGAGUCCCAGGCCCCAUCACCGUAGCACCACUCUCAACAGUCAGUGCAGCGUCGAAAGCGGCAUAAUAGCUGAUAUUUCGAUCGUGUCCGACGACGGGGGCGAUGGCACCGAGAGAAGUCACUGGAACUCGACGCUGGAGAGUCCCACGUCCCAUCUGCCGACAACGUCCACGCCUCUUCAGUCACCGACCAGCGCGAUCGCAGCAACAGUUACCUCGGCUUCUUCGUCUAACACUAAUCUCGCACCCUACGACCAAGACAUGUCCAUUAAUUUAUAAACGCCGCCCCUGAACAGGUCGGCAUCGAUAUAGAGCAGAGUAUAUAUAUAUAUAUAUGUUGUCGAUUCACUUGCAAGUUGUCCCACAGCGAAUGCAACGCGUGGUACCGGGUACAGAAGCGCGUUAACAGCGCGUAUUUUCUUGGGCAAUCGUGGUAACGAGAAUACCACGGGAAGGUAUAAACGCUAUACAUAGUCCGAUAGACCCGCUGACAUCACGCUUACCGCCCGUUUCAAACCAUUUAACGCGAAUGCUAACCGUUCGUAUGAAAGGUUACACACACACACACAUACACACACUAGAGGCAGUCGUUCCGAAGAAGCUCAACUUUCAAGUGAAUUUAUCUUUUGAUACGCUUCGUGUUUCACAUGAUCUGCGCGAUCGCAUAGUCGUCACGACUGGGAUUUUUAUAAACCAUUGAUUUUCAGAAGUAACGGCAACGUGUAUUUUCUUAUACUGUCUCCUCCGAAUCCACCAACGUGCUCAAGAGAAUCAUAGAUAGAGAGAUACGUUUCGACGGGAUAUAUAUAAUAUAUAUAGAUGUGUACGGUUGCAUGCCACGGAACGAGCCGCAGUGAUCGCGAACGGCGUGCACCCGGUUGCCAUUUUUUCUCUCAUUAACAUUGGCAUUCCUGACACCAGCGACUGAGAAUAUUCUUCAAUUCCCAAUGACUCGUCUGAACGGUACUUUUAUACUUUAUUUAUAUGUGUAGUUAAUAAAUGAAUCGAUAUUCCAUCUCCACGUUGUGUUCGCGCUUACGUAUGGUACACGAGGACGGUACACGGAGCAACGCACGCGGUUCCGCUGUAAUGAAACACCCGAAGACCGUCGGUUCCCGUUUUUUCUCUUCUCUUCGGGUAUUCCAUUAGCUGUCGGCGACCGUCGUCUGUCCUGUUGCCUCCGGAUGCGUUUUCGGCCACGAAAUCCACGCGUCCAUUCAGGAAUGUCAAAAAUCAAUGCGCACACAUACAAGAUACCACUUUGUAACAUAAUGUAAUAUUAAAGCUUUAUACGAUGUAGCCACAAGUAAUAUAACCGAUAGUCUAAAUAUUAUUUCCAGAUUAUAUAUUAAAUAUAUAUACAUAUAAUAUUAUAUUCUUUUUAUGUCAGUCAUUUGUGAAAACCUUUUAUCACCCGUAGAUGUAAACCUGACUCUGGCCUGUACACAAAAGCCAAAUUCAACACCCUCUCAGUCUCUUCGUUUUCAUUUUGUUUUCUCUCAAGCUAGACCCAUCUACGUUUAAGGGAUUUCUUUCUUUCUGACACCGGUGUGGACGUUUUGGAAAAGCUUAGGGUAAGCGCAAUGGUAAGCUUGGCUCAAGACGCUCCACACGCAUGUUUCGCGUCAAUUUUCUUUCUCCACGAGGAACUUAGGGUUUCCGAUCGCGCAGAUUCGAUCGGGAUUCCCCCGAUAGACGUCCGCGUUUGCAAAUCGCGCGGCGAGUCGAUCGAGGAACUCGCGAUCGUCUGCACGGGUCUCAAAUCAUAGUCACACUCGGUGUGCUUAGCGACCGAAUAAACAGAACGGAUACAUGUAACAAUCAGCAAUUAUACUGUCAUAAUAAUUCUGUAUUGUUAUGUUGCUUCCGAGCGAGUCAGUCGAUUAGCCAUUGUUAUUGCCAAGGUCUGCCAAGGUAUUUCAGUGAUACCUUAUAUGGACAGUGACCAAAAUCGUUUGUUUCGUAAUUCUGGGGUACGAGAAAAGAAUUUCAAGGUAUUUAGUAACCGUAGCUGUAGCCCGUAGAUCUUUACAAAGAAUUUUUUCUCGGUACAGUCCGAUGCACCCCUCCGUGUAUUAUCGAUCGUUCUUUCGUUUUGCGUAUCGUGAUUUAGUUUGUAUCGUCGCACAGUGCGAUCGUUUCGAAAUUACACGAAGCCUCGUUAUAGAUUCGACGGAAAUUUACGUAGAUCGGAAACGAAACUGAAACAGCGCAUGCCAUAAAAUCGGUGCAUCCGGCUGAGCAUCCCGGGUCCUCGAAAGCGAAACUAAACGAACGAGAAAGUAAACGAUAUUUCUAUUUUCGAAAUUGGAUCCGAGUUUGGUGUUGCUUUUCGAAUCGGGGAUGUUGAGUUAACGAUGAAUACUAACAACAUAACACCAGUACCUUAAGAUACAACCGAUAGUCCCUUAAUGUUACACGCUCGUAGAUAUUUAUUAAUAUUUUUUUAAGUAGAUCAUUUUAGUCCGUAGACUUAAGUAUCCGCAUCAUUAUAACGAAAUGUAUAUAUACAUAUAUAUAUAUAUUUACAUUGAUAACAUGAUUAUUUCAGUAUUGUAAUGUGUCUAACACCGAUGUAUUUUAUUACUUGCUAAAUAUACUGUAUUGGGUGCCUUUUGUAGCGAAGUCAAACCUUUAAUUUGUCUCGUGACGUCCUGCGUUCCUCUUUCAAUCACAAAUUGUAAAUGAAGUGUAAACACGGCUUGUUGUUUUCAGUAUUUGACUAAUGUACCAUUCUUCUA